AUGAUUAAGAUAAAUUAUUUGAUAUUGUUAAUAGCAACAUCUCACAUUCUGAUAGCGAAUUGUGGAAUUCUAGACUUUCUUUCGUUAGAAGAAGAAGAAAAUGUUUCGGUACAGGCACGCGAACGUGAAUCUGAUUGUCUCUGCCAAAAAAGUGGACCAGACGGAAGUAAUUGCAUUUGCUGCUUAGACUUUAAUAUAUCUGAAACACUGGACGUGUUGGAUCUUGGACCAGCUUGUGUUCGACUUACUUACUUAUCACAAACCGAUGGAGUUGGAAUGAACUUGACUCUUGGAAAGACAUUUUCAAAGAAAUCUAUUGUCACUUCUGCAAAACCGAGUGCACCUGUUUGCUUAUCAAUGCUCGGAGGCUUAGCAAAGAUGUGUUCGAAAUUCUCUACUUUAACAAGAUCAGCGAGUGGAGGUCUUGUUGGUUGUUUAACAAUGGAACCGAAACUUUUCGGCGAAGUUCCUGUGAAAUUUGACUUUCCAUGUUUUGAUUUAAAUAACGAAGAAAUUCGUAUGAUUGAACCACCGAAAAAAGCCGAAGAUAAUACAGAUGAAAAAGAUGAUGAGUCAUCAACUGAGAGUGUAACUGAUUCGGAUGAAACGAUCGGUGGAUUUAAAGUCGAAGAUAUUCUCACUGUUGUAAGUAAAACAGCUGAUCAGGGUAUAAAAAUCAUAACGGAAUUGCUUGGUAUCGGAGACGAUGAAAAACCUGAGGCAACAGAAGUUCCAGCAGUAGUUGAAAGCAAAACAGUUCCUGAAAUGCCAGUUGCAACUGUUGUCAAUAAAACAGUUACAGAAGCACCGAAAAACAUAACAAAACCCAAUGUGUGAGCUUUCAAAAUUGCACUUUUGAAAGAUUAUUUGAUGAAAUCAUUAUGAAAGUAUUAAAACAUUAAUUUAUUAUGAAGUAGAAUUAACUAGCUCCGAUAAAUUAUUGAAUGAAUAAAAUUAUAUU